UUCAACUACGGGUGGUGACGUCAUUUCAACAUGGCAGCUUUCGGUGUAACGCGGUGUUUAUGGAGGUCUUACUGUUGUGUUAAAGUCGUGGAUCAAAAUGCGCACAUGCUUCUGCGGGUUACAAGAAGAUUGCUGUGUGUGUCAGCACCAGACAGCAGUUCAACAAAUGUCCCUAGAACUCAAUUUACAGAUCCAGAGGUUCAAGAUAUUCUGACCAAAAUCACAGGUUUGGAUCUGCAGAAAGUCUUCCGGCCCUUGAAACAGCAGCUAAAGCCGCCUAAAUACAAACUUAUGACAGAUGCUGAAUUAGAGGAGGCAGUGCAAAAAGCACAAGGGGAGGCGAAACUGUUGCUCAAGAUGCCUCCGGUCCUGCCUGAGCGAAAGCCCAUAAGCGAUGUGAUUUCUGAAGAUCAGAUACUGGAGGGCAUGGAUACUGCCAAAUAUGUUUUCACCGACAUCAACUUUAACAUCCCACAUCGAGAGCGCUUCAUUGUCGUGAGAGAGCCCGGAGGAACACUGAGAAAAGCAUCGUGGGAAGAACGAGACAGGAUCAUACAAGUUUAUUUCCCCAAAGAGGGUCGCAAACUUUCGCCUCUACCCAUCUUUAAAGAAGAGAAUCUCAAGAUGCUCUUUGAACAGGAUCGACACGAGGACGUCCUAAACUAUUGCAUUGUCCAGUUUGAGCCAGACUCUGCAGAAUUUAUACGGGUGCACACGUUGACUUAUGAGGACAUUGAAAAGCAUGGGAAAUACGAUAUCUUAAGAUCCACCCGGCUCUUCGGAGGUUUGACCUGGCAUCUGGUCAACGGCCAGCGAAUCGAUGGCCUUCUUGUGGACAUGCUGCAGAGAGACCUAAUGCAAGAUGCAGUGGGGUUGGUGUGUUUGUUUAAUUUGGUUCAUCCUCAGAGCGAAUCUGCACGUCACGCCCAAACACAACAGGCUACUGACCUGGACCUUCUCAAGAUUUAUGCCGAGUAUGAGUCACAUCGAGCUGGAUUCAUCGAGCUGGCUGUGCAAACGUAUAAGCAGACCAAAGCUCUGAGCACUUCAUAAACACAGAAAUUAAACAGAUAAAACUUUUCUCAAGAAUAGUCAUCACUUAUGGAAGUAUAUACAAAUGUAGUACCAAAUGUUGUCAAGCUAUAAAACAUGGUCUGUUUUUGUACAUAAUAAAUAAAUCUUUAUAAAAAUAUCGUAACAUUCUUUUU